UAUAAAAAUCAAGAUCAAUAAGAAGAAAAUAACCAGGUAGAAGAAAAACAAGAGCAUGGGAUUGAGAAGGUACCUGUUCAAUUCUCUUUUCAAGAGAAAUACAUCGCGGCAAAUCUGGAAACUGAAGAGUCUCCUCAGCCUAACUGUCUGCCGCCUUUCCGUCCUCCGCAACCAGCGCAACGCCCGCUGCUCCCAUGCUCGCUCCGACAUAAUCCAGCUCCUCCUUCUUAACCAGCAAGACCGUGCUCUCAUUCGCGUACGCCGAAUUUUACUGACACGCGAUCCCUUGCUGCUUUAUAUUAUUAUCACCUGUUUUUGUGGAUUUCGAAUGCAGGCGGAGCUUUUGAUCAAGGAGCAGAACAUGGCUGAUGGCUUCGCUAUGGUGGAGAGCUACUGCCAUUCCCUCAGCGGCCACGCUUUCCUGCAUCUCUCUGAUCUCUCUAGAAUUAUCAGUAAUGAGAUGCAAUGUUUGGGGGAGUGCAGGGAGUGCCCUGAGGAGCUAAAGGAGGCGGCGGCGGCUCUCUGUUUUGCCGCUUCGCGGUGCGGUGACUUGCCGGAGCUGCAAGAGAUUCGUAAAAUCCUCUCAUCGCUGUUCGGCAAAGAUUUUACAGUGGCCGCUGUAGAGCUGCGCAGCAACUGUGGAGUCAACGCAAAGAUGGUGCAAAAAUUCUCCUUAAGAUCACCGAGCUUGGAAAGCAGGGUUAAUGUGAUGAAAGAGAUUGCUAUGGAGAAAGGAGUCAAGCUGGAACUCAUCAACAGCCAUUUCUCAGAGCUUUCAAAGGUAGAUGAGUCUGCUAGCCAGUGGACUGAAAACCAAGUAAAAGAGAUGGCAACACCGCACCUCGAUUCUGCUGGUUGUUGGGAUGAUAAUGUGAAGGUGAGGGCUCAAGAUGAGUACGAAGAUGUAGUGAGUGCCGCGCAGGCUGCAUUUGAGUCAGCCUCGUAUGCUGCAGUCGCGGCGAAGGCUGCUGUCAAGCUAUUCCAGUCUGAAGCUGGGAAAAGAUGCUCCAGCAAUGAGAGCUCUUGUAUGAGAGUGGAGCUUGAGGACCACAUCAAACACUUGGUGGGAAAUACCGUGCAAGAGAAGCAACAUAUUCAGGCUUCAAAAUGGAGAUUACAGGAGCAAGGGUUGAAUCCGAACAGAUCAGGAGAUUACUCACCUUUAGCUUCAAGGUCCAGUUCCAUUGAUAAUGGCUUCUACAAAAGCAAAGUGAGAUUUCCUGAAAUGGAUUUGGAGAAGAAGGGAGAAGACGUUUUACCAGAGAGCAGAGUGUGGAGUUUCAGAGAAUUAACAGCUCAUGAGACCCAGGCAAGAAUCUACUUUGAUGGAGACCACAAGUUUGAAGAUUCGGAACUGGGGGUUAGAAUUCUCGGUGUCCGUUCGGAGUCAAGAAAUAACUUGGCAGCUCACUUUCCUACUAUGGGUAAGGGAUCCCCGAGAUGAAAUGCUGCAGAAGAAUAUACAGAGCAUCCAAGCAAAUCCAAUGCAGAAGCAAACUUUAUCCAUAGUUACGAGUUGUAUCUUUUAAGAUUAAACAAGUAGUAUUACAGUAACUAGUGACUAAAUAGUCCACAAAAGUAUUACAUUUCUAUCUAUUACUGUUUGGAAAAA